CGUCCUCCUCGUCCUCGUACGCCCAUUCCCUCCCGCUCCUUGCGCCCGCGCCGCCAGCAAGGGACGUCUACGACGACGGUCACAGCGUAUACUACUCGUAUUCGCAUCUGCGGUACACCGGAUUCCAGAGCGAGGACAUCAAGCCGUCUAUACACAGGAUGACCAGCGGUUCCGAUCGGGCCUCCACCACUCCUGCACCCGCCCUGCCCGAGGAUGGCGAGGAGCCAAAGCCCGCGGCCGCCCCUCCGAAGGAGAGGCGCUUCAAGCUGAGCAGAGCGUGUGAUCGUUGUCGUCGACGGAGAAUUAAGUGCGACGAAGGCCACCCAUGUCAGUCUUGCAUUGCCGCCAGAUCAGCAUGUACCUUCGAAGAACCUGGCAAACGCACCCAUCCCAAAUCAAAACGCGCAGCGACACUUGAGGAUCGCAUGCACCACCUUGAAUCACUCAUCCAGUCAAUCCCGUUCAGCUUGUUUAGUGCACAGGCUGCUGCUGGAGCUGGCUUACCAAAUGCGCAACUUCCCGCUUCUAUGGAUCCGUCAAGCCCUCAUGCAAGUCUCGCAAGUGCAAAUCAUGCGUACCCUCUUGGCGUGCCUCCUCCAUCGCUUUCACUUUUUCCACUCAUGAACCCAUCAACACAUUUUCCCACUUCUAACUCCAAUCUCACAAAUGUGCCUAUUCCUCAAGAACCUACCACGUCUGGCGGUGCAAUACCGAAGGCGCUGAACUCAAAUAUAGAUCCAGCUAUGCCACCUGGAUAUCUUUACCUCGAUGACGAAGGCUAUACGCGCUGGCAGGGAGAGUCAUCUGGACUACCAUUACUUGACUUUCUUGUAGAGCGCAAAUUACCAUUGUCAUCCGGCGCUCAUUCGGACGCGGCCGCAAGUCCAGCAAGUGAGUCUUGGUCCCGAAAAAGCGAAAAUGUUACUACCGGAGAUUGGUUUCCUGACCGACAACCGCGCCAGAGUAGUACAGCAAACCCCGAAACGAUGUGGAGACUGAUUACAAGUAUGAUCGUGCCGGAACUCAUGGAUAAUCUCGUUCAAUGCUUCUUGAGCACGUCAUACUACCUUAUGCCUUUCUUGCAUGUCCCAACUUUCCUUGCCGACUACGGAAAUCCAGCAAAAUGGGGUGAACCAGGCUUUGCAAGCUUUAUCGUCGCUAUAUGCUGCCUGAGCUCGCGUCAUAUCGAUGAUCCGCGUGUUCGUGCAGAUCCUGUGGAUGGGUUCAGUGCGGGCGCGCACUGGUUUGACCUAUUCACAAAAUUGCGUACUGUGCCUACAGCGGAUCGCCCGACAUUAUACACUGUACAAAGUGUUUUUGUCGCUGCUGUCUAUGCAAUCGGUCUCGGACGUCUUUCUCGCGGAUUUGCUUUACUCGCCGAAGCGUGUACACUGUCUAUUGAUGCAGGGCUACAUCGAAGCAGCGAGGCGUACGACUGCUUUGGUCCAAUUGAAGAGCAAGUCCGUCGAAGGACGUUUUGGUGUGUCUAUUUGUGGGAUAAACAGGCGGGAGCAGCGUUCGGCAGACCGCCAGUACUGAGGUUAAAAGAUUGCGACGCUCGAGAACCAGCCGCCGUUGAUGACGAGUAUAUUACGGCUGAUUCUGUCGGACCCCAGCCCGAGGGAACAGAGUCCCGCUUAGGCGCCUUCAUUGCAUGUCUGCGUGUUUCCGUUGUACUUGAAGCAGUGCUUGAUGCACCAUCUCCUCCCCAGCCAUCAUCCUCUCCUUUCCUCCAGCGCGCCUCCAUGCUUUUGCAGAACCCAAGAGCGGCGCGACGAGAAUGCGAAGUGGAGGAGCAGCUUUUAGACGAUGUCUUGCAUAAUCUACCUCCGUUCUGGGCGCAUACAACUGAGACGAUGGGUAGUGCAGACGUCCUGCGUGUUACGCAAGCCGAGCGAUUGCAUUGCCUUAUGCUCUUUGUGCGCAUGUUAAUCACCCGCUCGCGAUUCAGUUGGCGAGUGGGUGAGAGGAUAAGAAUAGCAAACGAGACAAGCGAAAAUGGUAGUGGUGAUUCAGAAGGUGAACAAACGGAGGCAGAGCGUGCGGCAAUGAUGAGUUGUCAUACUUGUGCAGUUGAGCUUGUUCAUGCGCAUACACAAAUUGCGAAGAAGGGAUUGAUGACUUACUACGGCGUACACGUUAUCCACCAACUAACGCAAGCCGGACGAUCACUUAUUGCCGUAUUGUUGAACUGCACGACGGCGGAUCUGCAGCCUCUCGUUCCUGCUUCACUCGAGGCUCUGCGUGCUUGCGUCGGUUUACUCAGACGAUUUAGUGGGCGAUAUGUCUGUGGAUUAAGGAGUGGCGAGUUAAUCGAAGAGUUCUGCCGAUUAACGCGCAUCCCAUUGGACGCGCCUCAACAACCUCUUCCGUCCCAAUCCCAACUUAUACAAUCCCGGCCACCUUGGAUCCGACCCGUCCGCAAGAAGACUCGCUCCACAACCGAGAAAGGUGGGAUGUCAGGCGAAUCAGAUACUUCGAGGCAUGGGAGUCCAGCCGCCGAAACGACAAGCCCAGCGUCUGCAUCUGCUGUUAGUCCUCCAGGUACACAGGAUACUUCGGGGCCAUCGUAUCAACGUCUUACGGGAUCAUCUUCUGUGUCAGCAACAGCGUCAUUCGGCCGCGCAGGGUCGAACAGCCAUAACGAGAACUUGCUGGCAGAUUUGAGGGGCGAGGGUGCGUUGGGCUUCACACCGAACGUGGGGCUCAAACCCAACGGACUCAGUCCGAUGAACGGCAUUACAAGUAUACCCGGCACUGUCAUGGAUAGCAUGGAUGGACUUGGAACCAUGAGUCCCAUGGAUGGUAUAACCAAUGUCAAUCUGGGGAGUAACAUGGGCAUGGAUGGCAUAACCGGGAUGGGCGAGAUGGGUGGGAUGGAUAUGUCCAGCUCAGCACUGAUAACUCUUCUCAAUGAUGGCUCAUUUGACAUGGCUACGCUGUUUAGUGGUGAUCUUGGGAUGAGCGCUGCAACGCCUGUUUCGUCAAAUGGGGAUGGUGGGACGAGUGCCAGUGCAAGCGCAAUGACGGGCAUUGUUGCUUCGCCGUAGUCCAUGGCUAUCCAUUAACGGAUUAAAUUGGGAUCGGAAGUUGGUUUGUGGACUAGCUGAGAUUUUCUUAGGGUCAUUUUCCCUUAUUUUGACGUUCUUGUGAUCUAUCUUCACCGUUUCGUUUAUUUUUUUCGUUCUACUGACCUUCUGCCCUGAAUCCGACCUUCAUAACCUGUCGGAACGGCACAAAACGUCACGCUUGACCCACCCUCACCUUGACCUGCUCUGCCCCUUUCCCGCUGAACAAGAACGUCGUAAAGGGUCCCUUAUCUCUCCAUUUGUUAUUUCUUGUUUAUACCGACUCAUCUAGCCUCAUGUUGCUUAUCUUGUCUCAUUUCUCUUCUCGUCCUGUCUUGUCCCUCGUGCUUUGCGUGUAUAAGUUUAGUACUACUGUACUUGUAUGAUAGCCAAGAUGUGAAACAGAA